CGGUCGAGAUAUUUUCUCCAAAAUGGCAGUGCCAGAAAGAAAACCUCUGCCCUUCGUCGCGAAUUUCGCUGCCGGUGCCAUCGCUGGGGUGUCUGAGAUUUUGACCUUCUAUCCUCUCGAUGUCGUCAAAACGCGUAUGCAACUUGAGACGGGCAAGUCCAAGGCGGGCUUGGUAGGAACCUUUCAGAAUAUCAUCCGUGAAGAAGGAGUCGGGAGGCUCUACAGAGGCUUGGUGCCACCCCUUAUGCUUGAAGCACCAAAGCGCGCCACCAAAUUCGCGGCGAACGACUUCUGGGGAAAGAUCUACCUGAACCUUACGGGCCAGAAGAAGAUGACCCAAGAGCUUGCCAUCCUGACUGGUUCUAGUGCAGGUGCCACAGAAAGCUUCGUUGUCGUGCCGUUUGAACUCGUAAAGAUCAAGCUGCAAGACAAGCACAGUACCUUCGCCGGCCCCAUGGACGUGGUGAGGACUAUCAUCAGGAAAGAGGGACUGCUAGGUUUUUACGUUGGAAUGGAGUCUACGUUCUGGCGCCAUUUGUGGUGGAACGCGGGAUAUUUCGGAUGUAUUUUCAAAGUGAGGGAAAUGCUCCCGAAGCCCGAGUCAAAUAAGGCGCGUCUGCUCAAUGACCUCGGAGCCGGAACAGUCGGAGGUUUCGUCGGUACCGCUAUAAACACUCCAUUUGAUGUCGUGAAGUCACGAAUCCAGGGCGCCACGAAGGUUCCGGGUGUAGUGCCCAAGUAUAAUUGGACAUACCCCGCGCUGGUGACUAUUGCCCGCGAAGAAGGCUUCGGCGCGCUCUACAAGGGCUUCACGCCCAAGGUCAUGCGGUUAGCGCCCGGUGGAGGCGUACUCCUGCUCGUGGUCGAGUUCACGUUGAACAUCUUCCGCAAGGCUCUCGGCCCGCCGUACGUUUAGGCUACCGUAGUGAACCUCGCUUGGGUAUAGUUGCCGACGAAUACACGAGAGAUCUAGAAUAUUGUAGACGAUAUGUUGUGCAAAUAGACUCGAUAUGUGCAUUG